AUGGAGCUCAGUGUUCUUCUCCUUCUUGCUCUCUUCACAGGUCUCUUACUUCUUUUGACCAGAGGACAUCCAAAGGAUUAUGGGCGCCUCCCACCAGGUCCUCGGCCUCUUCCUCUCUUUGGGAACCUUCUACAGAUGAACAGAAAAGGUCUACUUAAAUCCUUCCUCAGGCUCCGAGACAAAUAUGGCGAUGUGUUCACUGUGUACCUGGGACCGAGGCCUGUAGUCAUGCUGUGUGGGACAGAGGCCAUACGAGAGGCCCUGGUGGACCAAGCUGAGACCUUCUCUGGCCGGGGGAAAAUUUCAGUUGUUGAGUCAACCUUCCAGGGAUACGGUGUUGUCUUUGCCAAUGGGGAACGAUGGAAGGCCCUUCGCAGGUUCUCUCUUGCUACCAUGAGGGACUUUGGGAUGGGCAAGCGGAGUGUGGAGGAGCGAAUCCAGGAAGAGGCUCAGUGUUUGGUGGAGGAGCUGCGGAAAGCUGAGGGAGCUCUAGUGGAUCCUACUUUCUACUUCCAUGCCAUCACUGCCAACAUCAUCUGCUCCAUUGUCUUUGGAGAACGCUUUGCCUACAAUGAUCCUGAGUUCCUGAGGCUGCUGGAUCUUUUCUACCAAUCCUUCGCACUGAUAAGCUCCUUCCCCAGCCAGGUGUUCGAGCUCUUCUCAGGCUUCCUGAAGUACUUUCCAGGUGUUCACCGGCAAGUCCACAACAAGCUGGAGGAAGUCAACGUCUUCAUUGAUAAAAAUGUGGAGAAGCAUCGCCAAACCCUGGAUCCCAGUUCCCCAAGGGACUUCAUUGAUACCUACCUGCUCCGCAUGGACAAAGAAAAGUCCAACACGAACACCGAGUUCCACCACAAGAACCUCAUCAUGACCACACUGUCUCUCUUCUUUGCUGGCACUGAGACCACUAGCACCACUCUCCGUUAUGGAUUCCUGCUUCUGCUCAAAUACCCUCAGAUCGCAGAGAGAGUCCAAAAGGAGAUUGAUCAGGUGAUUGGACCACAUCGCCCUCCAGCUCUUGAUGACCGAGCCAAAAUGCCAUACACUGAUGCAGUCAUCCAUGAGAUCCAGAGAUAUGGAGACCUCAUCCCCCUUGGAGUGCCCCACGUGGUCACCAAAGACACUCACUUCCGAGGGUACAUCCUUCCCAAGGGCACUGAAAUAUACCCCAUCUUGAGCUCUGCCCUUCAUGACCCACGUUACUUUGAAAAGCCAGAUGAGUUCCACCCUGAUCACUUUCUGGAUGCCAAAGGGGGACUGAAGAAGAAUGAAGCUUUUAUGCCCUUUUCUGUAGGGAAGCGCAUUUGUCUUGGUGAAGGCAUUGCCCGGACUGAGUUGUUUCUCUUCUUCACCACGAUCCUCCAGAACUUCUCUGUGGCCAACCCUGUGGCCCCCAAGGACAUCGACCUCACACCUCGGGAGAGUGGUGUGGGCAAACUGCCACCCAUAUACAAGAUCAGCUUCCUGUCCCGCUGA